AUGUCAGAGGGAGCCAGUUCAUCGGAGCAAUUGAUCGAUGCAGCCCGUAGAAACAACGUUGACCUUCUGGAAUCCAUAAUUCUCGAAAAUAAAGAUGGCAUAACCCAAUUGAUUAACACAUCACAGGACGUAAUGGGCAACAAAGCUCUUCAUUUGGCCGCUGCUUAUGGAGCAUUCGAAAUAUUAGACAUUCUACUCGACCAGGAAGGUGUCGAAUUAGAUUCUAAGAACAGACUGGACGAGAACACUCCCUUGCAUUUGGCUGUCAAGUACAGCGAAGAAGAACCGGAACAUGGAACGUUUAUCGUGGAGGAGCUGAUUGCAGCUGGAGCUGACGUCAAUGCCACCAACAAGAACGGAGAUAAACCCGUGGAUCUGGUGGUGAAUAACCCUGAAUUGACCCAGAUACUAUUGAAUGCAGAGUAUGCUUCAAACGUUGUUAUUGUAGAUGAAGAUGAGAAUGCUGGACCAGCCUCCGACAGCGACUAG